AUCUCUGUUAGACUUUGACUUUUGCCAACGGAGAAAAAGCAAACAACAAAAAAUACAACCUAAGAAACAGACAAUAAUAUAAUAACAUUCAUAGUUUCAAGUUUCAACCUUUGUCUCAACAUGCCAACCUCUUUUCUCUAUCCUUCUUCCAUUUGUAUAUUUUCCAAGUCCUUCCAUGCAUUUUUGGCCUUCGUUUUAUGCAUUUGUCCGUCACCUUUAUACGCCUCUGCUUCACACUGAAUUCUGACCCUUCAUAUCUUUCUACAAAACAAAAAAAUUCUUCUUUCUUUUCUCCCUCGCUUCUUUUCUCCCGAAUAUCAUCUGGGUAUUCCCUGGAUUUUUCAGGGGUGCCCUUGUUUUCUUCAUCGGAAAUUGCUGUGACUGGGUUGCAAACAUGGGAGGCUGUUGCAGCCACGAAGUUUCGGUUCGAGGGAAGGUGGAAAGCGAGAUAGAUGAUAGAGAAUAUGAGUGUGAUCAUGAAAAUCAUGAGUCUUAUGAACGUGGUGGAGCAUUGGUGAGACUAAUAGGAUCUUCCAAGUUUGUUUCAAUGCACACCCAACAGGGCCAGAAAGGUGUGAACCAAGAUGCAAUGACAGUUUGGGAGGACUUCGCAGGAGAAAAGGAUGUGAUUUUUUGUGGUGUGUUCGAUGGCCAUGGUCCUCUAGGCCACAAGGUUUCACAAUUUAUUCGUGACAAUCUGCCCUCAAAACUGUCUGCAGCAAUCGAAAUUUCACAACAGAAGACAAUAAAGUUUUAUGAUGCCACUGAUGCAGAAACUGCUAGUUUUGAAGAUGGCUACGAUGACGGUAACCAGAUGUCCCUUGCUUCAUGGGAGGGAUGCUUUCUGAAAUCCUUUGAUGAGAUGGAUGAGCACCUUGCUCGGGAAAUUAACACUGACAGCUAUUGCAGUGGUUGCACUGCUGUGACUUUAAUUAAACAGGGCGACCAGCUGAUAGUUGGCAAUUUGGGUGAUUCUCGUGCAGUUCUUUGCACAAGGGACAGGGACCAACUCGUUGCUGUUCAACUCACUGUUGACUUGAAACCAGAAAUUCCAAGUGAAACCUCUAGAAUCGUUAACUGUGAAGGAAGAGUGUUUGCAGCAGAAGAAGAACCAGAUGUGUACAGAAUAUGGAUGCCUGAUGAUGACUGCCCUGGACUGGCCAUGUCAAGAGCCUUUGGGGACUUUUGCCUCAAAGAUUAUGGCCUCAUAUCAGUUCCUGAUGUAUUUUACAGAAAAAUUACCCCACAAGAUCAAUUUGUGGUUUUGGCAACUGAUGGGAUAUGGGAUGUGCUCACUAACCAUGAAGUAAUAAGCAUAGUUGCUUCAGCACCAAGGAGGUCCAUCGCAGCCAAGUUGUUAGUGAAGCGUGCUGUAAAAGCUUGGAGAUACAAAUAUCCUGGUUCCAAGGUUGAUGAUUGUGCUGCCAUAUGUUUGUUUCUGAAUGAACAACCUGUUCAAUCCAACUCACAAUCCCAUAUGAGUAGACAAAAUAGAAAGAGCAGCAAGAACUUGCAUCACUCUAAAACCACUAGAAAUGAAGACACUGAAACAGUGGAUGGCAAGGUUGGGUUGGAAAUAGAUGAAGAAUGGAAAGCUCUUGGAGGGUAUUCGAGAGCAAACUCUUUGUCAAAACUUCCACGCCUUGCCAGGGGUAUGAGUAAACGGCAAUCGUCCAAGUACUAUUCACCGCGUUGA